AUGUCGCCCGCAGCCAAACCAAGCACAAUCUACUUCGGCUAUGGCUCGAACCUCUGGCUCCACCAAAUGGAUCUCCGCUGCCCGACGUCCCAGUAUCUCGGCGUCGCGAGGCUGAACAACUACCGCUGGCUCAUCAACGACAGGGGCUACGCGAACGUCGUCGAGGUCACCAACAGCAGCAGAACAAAUGAACCCAGCCCGUACGAAGAUGUAGUCUACGGCCUGGUGUAUUCCCUUGAAAAGGAGGACGAAAGACGCCUGGACCUCAACGAGGGUGUGCCGAUUGCGUACACCAAAGAACUGCUCCCCUGUGAUGUGUGGCAAUCCGAGGAUGGGAAACCGGUCGACGUGAGUAAGAAGCCUGAUUCGGAGGAGAAGAUGUUGGUGUAUAUCGACAGAAACCGCACCACCCCCUCGACGCCAAAGACAGAGUACAUUUACCGCAUGAACCGCGGCAUCUCUGACGCCCUGAAGCAAGGAGUUCCCCAGAAAUACGUCGACGACGUGAUGAGGAAAUUCAUUCCCUCGGACGACAAGCACGAUGAUGAUGGCGAUGAUGAAGAGCGAAAGGGCAACAGGGAGGCGAUGGCGCAAUUUGCAAAGCAGCAGGCUGUGAGGUUUGAGGAUGAGAGUGGGGUGUUUGAGAGGACGGAUUGA